CCCUCAAGGGCAAUAAAAACAUAGUAUUGACUCUGUUUCCUAAAGGAAAGAGCUUCAACGAUGAAGUCGGAGACUUUAACACUGGUUCUGGUGAACCUGGCGGGGAUAAUGGAGCGAGCCGACGAGUCGUUACUUCCCGGCGUUUACAAAGAAGUUGGCGCCGCUUUGCAUACGGAUCCAACAGGGCUUGGCUCGCUCACUCUGUUCCGAUCCAUCGUUCAAUCUGCUUGUUAUCCAUUAGCUGCUUAUCUUUCUAUGCACCACAACCGCGCUCGUGUGAUUGCACUCGGUGCUUUCCUUUGGGCUGCUGCCACGUUUCUGGUCGCCAUUUCCACCACUUUCCUCCAGGUUGCAGUUUCAAGAGGUUUGAAUGGGAUUGGACUUGCCAUUGUCAUACCGGCCAUUCAGUCCCUUGUUGCUGAUUCAACUGAUGAUAGUAACCGUGGUGUGGCUUUCGGGUGGCUUCAACUGACUUCGAACAUCGGCUCGAUCCUAGGCGGCUUUUGUUCCGUCCUUAUUGCUUCGAAAACUAUCAUGGGGAUUCCUGGCUGGCGAUUUGCAUUCCAUCUGGUUUGGGUAAUUAGCGUUGUAGUUGGUCUUUUGGUCCAUCUUUUCGCUAAAGAUCCGCGAUGCUCGGACCGCGAUAAUGUAGCGAAAGAACAUGUUGGACAUAAGUCUUUUUCCUCGCUGGUGAAGGACAUGAUAGAUGAAGCGAAGUCGGUUGUGAGAAUCCCGACAUUCCAAAUCUUUGUUGCUCAAGGUGUUUCAGGAACAUUCCCAUGGUCUGCUUUGUCAUUUGCUCCAAUGUGGCUCGAACUAAUCGGCUUCUCCCAUGAAACAACGGCGUUUAUCAUGACACUUUUCGUGGUUUCGGGUUCUCUCGGUGGUCUCUUUGGAGGAAAGAUGGGAGAUAUUCUAGCCAAACGCCUCCCGAAUUCCGGAAGAAUCAUUCUGUCACAGAUAAGCUCGGGUUCUGCUAUCCCGAUUGCUGCGGUUUUGCUACUGGCAUUACCUGAUGAUCCCUCCACUGCAUUUAUGCAUGGUCUAGUUUUCGUCGUCAUGGGAUUUUGCAUAUCCUGGAAUGGUCCAGCAACAAACAAUCCAAUAUUUGCAGAGAUUGUACCCGAGAAAUCCCGAACAAGCAUCUAUGCAUUGGACCGCUCAUUCGAGACUAUACUGGCAUCUUUUGCUCCUCCUAUAGUAGGGAUUUUAGCACAGCAUGUUUAUGGUUAUAAACCAAUACCGAAAGGAUCAUCAGACUCGAUAGAGAUCGAGACGGAUCGGAAGAAUGCUGCAUCACUCGCAAAGGCACUUUACACUGCAAUCGGGAUCCCUUUUACCAUCUGUUGCACGAUUUAUUCAUUCCUCUAUUGCACUUAUCCGAGGGACAGGGAGAGAGCAAGAAUGCAGGCAUUGAUUGAAUCAGAAAUGCAACAACAAGAGGAAGAUGAUGACUCAAAUGGAAAACAAUCUGAAUUUCAUAUAUCUGACUCAAAGAAGACGAAUGGCGAUGAAAGGGGCGAAUUUCGUAGCAUUGAUUUGGAUGAUAAUGAUGAGAAAUCUCUUCUGAAUCACCAGAUUUAUUUCUCAAACUUAGAACACGGAUAAACAUGUUAGUAUGUUACUUAGCUGAAGCUUAAGGCAAUCCAUAUCGUUCCCAUUCGAAACAAAGUUAUAAAUGUUUCAUUGUCA